GGCAGCCCCCCAACCAUGAUGUUUCGCGACCAGGUCGGGGUGCUGGCGGGCUGGUUUAAGGGCUGGAACGAGUGCGAGCAGACUGUUGCGCUGCUGUCGCUGCUCAAGCGCGUGAGCCAGACCCAGGCUCGCUUCCUCCAGCUCUGCCUGGAGCACUCGCUGGCCGACUGCGCCGAGCUGCACGUCCUCGAAGGCGAGGCCAACAGCCCGGGAAUCAUUAACCAAUGGCAACAGGAAUCCAAGGAUAAAGUGAUUUCCCUCCUGUUAACUCACCUGCCUUUGCUGAAGCCAGGAAACCUCGACGCGAAAGUGGAGUAUAUGAAGCUGCUGCCCAAGAUCCUGGCACACUCCAUCGAACACAACCAGCACAUCGAGGAGAGCAGGCAGCUGCUGUCCUACGCUCUGAUCCACCCGGCCACUUCGCUGGAAGAUCGCAGUGCUCUGGCCAUGUGGCUGAAUCACCUGGAGGACCGCACGUCGACCAGCUUCAGCGGCCAGAACCGAGGCCGCUCGGACUCUGUGGAUUACGGGCAGUCACACUACUAUCACCAAAGACAGAACUCCGAUGACAAGCUCAAUGGGUGGCAGAACUCUCGGGAUUCUGGGAUUUGCAUCAACGCCUCCAACUGGCAGGACAAAAGCCUGGGGUGUGAGAACGGCCACGUGCCCCUCUACUCCUCCUCCUCCGUCCCCACCACGAUCAACACGAUUGGAACCAGCACAAGUACAAUUCUCUCAGGCCAGGCACACCACAGCCCUUUGAAACGAUCUGUGUCCCUUACCCCACCCAUGAAUGUGCCAAACCAGCCUCUAGGACAUGGAUGGAUGUCUCAUGAGGACUUACGAGCUAGAGGACCCCAGUGCCUCCCCUCCGAUCAUGCCCCCCUGUCUCCACAAAGCAGUGUAGCCUCUUCAGGAAGUGGUGGGAGUGAACACUUAGAAGAUCAGACCACUGCUCGUAACACAUUCCAAGAAGAAGGUAGUGGUAUGAAAGAUGUUCCGGCCUGGUUGAAGAGCCUGCGCCUGCACAAGUACGCAGCACUGUUCUCGCAGAUGACCUACGAGGAGAUGAUGGCCCUCACCGAGUGCCAGCUGGAGGCUCAGAAUGUUACCAAAGGCGCAAGACACAAAAUUGUCAUCAGUAUUCAGAAGCUCAAAGAAAGACAAAACCUCCUGAAGUCUUUGGAAAGGGACAUCAUCGAGGGGGGCAGCCUGCGCGCCCCACUGCAGGAGCUGCACCAGAUGAUCCUGACCCCCAUCAAGGCCUACACCCCCCCGAGCGCCACCCCGGAGGCGCGCCGCCGGGAGCCCCCGCUGCUGGGCCCCGAGAGCCCCAGCCCCGAUGGCAAGGACGCGGCGGCCACCGCAGCCACCAGUGCCUCGGCCAGCGCCACCGCGGGGGCCAGCGGCGGGCUGCAGCCACACCAGCUGAGCAGCUGCGAUGGGGAGCUGGCCGUGGCGCCCCUGCCCGAGGGGGACCUUCCCGGGCAGUUCACGCGCGUCAUGGGGAAAGUGUGCACGCAGCUCCUGGUCUCCAGACCCGACGAGGAAAAUAUAAGUUCCUACCUUCAGCUCAUAGACAAGUGUCUCAUCCACGAGGCAUUUACAGAGACACAGAAGAAAAGAUUGUUGUCAUGGAAACAGCAGGUACAGAAGCUUUUCCGGUCUUUCCCUCGGAAAACCCUGCUGGACAUAUCAGGAUAUCGACAGCAAAGAAACCGCGGCUUCGGACAGUCCAACUCCCUCCCGACGGCCGGCUCUGUGGGCGGCAGCAUGGGCCGCAGGAACCCGCGCCAGUACCAGAUCCCCUCCCGGAGCGUCCCCUCCGCCCGCCUGGGCCUCCUGGGCACCAGCGGGUUCGUCAGCUCCAACCAGCGCCACACUGCAGCCAACCCCACUAUCAUGAAACAAGGAAGACAGAAUCUCUGGUUCGCCAACCCCGGCGGCAGCAACAGCAUGCCCAGCCGCACACACAGCUCCGUGCAGAGGACCCGCUCGCUGCCCGUGCACACGUCUCCGCAGAACAUGCUGAUGUUCCAGCAGCCAGAGUUCCAGCUUCCCGUGACCGAACCGGACAUCAACAACAGGCUGGAGUCCCUGUGCCUCAGUAUGACCGAGCACGCCCUGGGAGACGGGGUUGACCGGACCUCCACAAUCUAGAAGCUGAGGAUGAGAGGGACCGCGCUGGCCGUGAACUCGACUUCAGGGUUGCACAGCAUCCUCCAAGAUACUUUGCAGCCUUUCCCCCUGGUCCCUCGCCCAUUUUGAUUUUGUGAGAGUGUAGGUCAUCCUUGUAAACAUAUCAGUAGACCUGGGA